AUGGAGGCUCCCAAAGAUUACUCUUUGACCCCUGCGGCAGCUGGCACCCAACAGAGCAGCGCCCCUCUAGCUCCAUCACAAGAAGCCGCGUAUCGGAAGAAGUGCAUACAGCUCAAGCGAAGGCUGACUGAGAUCGAGACGAACAACGAUGCUACUCGCCGACGUAUCGAACAAGAGAAAGAGCAUGUCAAAAAGAUGCGCCUCGUUCGCGCCAUCCUGUUAGACCACCUCAAAAAGAUCGCAGAGACUCCCGGCAAGAGACUGACUCCGGAGCAACUCGAGGAGCUAGGUCUACGCGCUGACGGCAGAGCUCGAGUGUCUGAAAUGGUGGGCAUCGAUGGAGAGCUGAGGCCCGAUGGUGAAGGCUUGCUCGAUGACAGCUCAGAUGAUGAUGAGGAGGAUCCCGAGCCAGCAGAACGGCCCGAACGAAAACAACGCAGGACAAACAACAGUUACCGCGAGUCUAUCAUGACCACCACACCCGGCCCCAACCCAAGCAUGUAUCAACAGCCCGGCCUACCCAACCUAGCUCCAGCAAGCUCGUUCUCUCCCGCUGCACCCAGAGAUCCCGCGGCUCUGACUUCAUCAUUCCGAGUCAACAACACAUCGCAAGCCGCAGCAGCCCCCGCAUACCCACCGCAGCAGCAAUAUCCUAGCGAAUAUCAGCAGUCCUCUCCUCUAGCACAUGCGCAAAAUCCGGCUUACACUCAACCGCCUCACAUCGAAGCUCCUGGUGGAUCUCCGGGCGCUGCGCCCGGAGGCGGUCCCCGUUCACUGCCUCCACAACCACAGCGCCCACCACCACCGUUCCAGCAGUUCACCGACCACAUGAGGCCGCAACUUGAGGCGGAUGACUACCCUCUAGAUCAGAUCGAUAGUCGCAUCGACCAAGAGUGGCGCAAUCUUAGCAAGGAGAAUAGAGAACUCUGGGACAACCGCUACGCAGAGCAGAUGAUGGAGUACACCGCAGCUAUGGAUGAUUGGAAGCGCCACCAGAAGAAGGUCAACAAUAGCGUUGCUGGAGUGAGCUUUUCUGAAAGCCGGAACAGGACUUAG